AUGCCCCCAAAUCCCAGGUUCGUCAACCCAAGCCGAAAAAUCUUGAGGCGCAAGUCCAACGGUUCUCUACCAGCUCCGCUGAGAAAAAGCCAGAACCUCCCCCUCAGCCAAAUGGCACUCAGACGCCACAGGCUAUGUCACUGGCACUUCCGCAAAAAAAAGCAUAGAGGUGCCCUAGUCAUGCUGCACAGAAUAAGACUAGGUUACCACUAUGGCGACGACGAUGUUCCCAUUGACGAGUUCGAGAUUGCUGUGAAGAAGGAUGUGGGCGAGAACCUUGUCUGGUUUACUGAGCAGUGUGAUGCCUCGAACAUCAGCAGCGGCACGAGCAGGAAGGGGAGCAUACAACGCCAUUCCUCCAGCGAGUCUGAAAUCUCGAGCCUUUGGGUUCACCGCGAGAAGCUGGUGGAGACGCUUGCAAAGUACGACACUUUUCGGGCGAGCCUCCUCACUCUCCUGGAGCAUCACGGACUCAACCAGAAUGCCGUGCGCGACGCCAUCACCACAUAUCCCAAUACUUUUACUCUCAGUGAUGAGAUUGCGGAAUUGAGACCCAAAAUCACCAUUUGUGAAGCUCAUAUUAGCCCUGACUUCUGCUAUGCCUGGGAAUCAUGUGACGACCUCCACAUCUGCCCUCGCUACGUGAUGGGGGAUUGUAAAGAAGACUCUUGUUCUUUGGGACACUGUUGGACAACUGACCAUAAUCGUAAAAUACUACAGAGUUUCAACAUGGACAGACUACCUUCAGAGAUUCUUUGUACACUGAUUCGAGGUACAUUCAGCGAACUGAAACCUGUGAAGUCACUUGAUGUCUGUCAGAGUUACAAUAAGGCCACAUGCAGACGCAGACAAUGUAGUUCCUUACACAUAUGCUUGAAUUUUGUAAUCCGGGGUGGUAACUGUGGGUUGCCAUCUUGUCAACUAAACCACUAUACCACAGAACCUUCUGUGUGUAAGCUCCUCGAAAGUCAUGGACUCCCUUCCAACAGGUGCUCCAAAGACAUCAUAGCAACGCUGCUUGCCCAAAACCAAACCCUAUCAAAUCAGUCUUACUCUCUGAGGCAUGUGAAAAGAUCAUCCACUGCUUCAAGCGUGAACACACCGUCUCCCAACCUACAUAAAGGAACGUCGAGCACUGUGUGGUCACAUUUCUACAAAGGAGACGUACCGGUGGCAGAAAUCUGCUACUCCUCUGUGGAAGGUAAGUGUCAGUCUGAGGCUCAAGGUUGCUCAAGACUGCAUGCAAAAGAACACUUUCAUUGGCAGGUGAGCGAAAGCAAAGAACAGUGGUUGAACCUACAGAACUCACAGGUAAUCAGUCUUGAAAGAGCAUAUUGUGAUCCAGUUCAGGAAAGUGUGACAAUUCCUCGUCUAGACACAGCCCUUGUAACGCCGACAAACCCCCUACUCUCCCUCUUGGGGCGAGACCUAUGGAGCGCUGACCUGAUAAAUCACAAUCUGAAGGACUCUUCAGGGGAAAAGAUUCUCAACCUAAGGAGACUCUGUACAGAGAACACUGAAAUGAACGUUCCUGCAAGCACAUUUCUGUGGUAUUAUUUCUAUGACGGCAAUUGGGUGGAAUACGGCCGUCUUAACCCAUCAGCUGAAGGCGAUCUUGUAUACGAUGUAAGCUCUGAAAGUAUUGAGGUAGUAUACAAUAGGCCUGGCUGUCAGAUAAUGUCUCUCAUGGAUAAUAACAAAAUUGACUUCCAAGCUAUGGUCCACAGAAAUGGCUUGUCACACAAAUGGAAGAUACGACGACGACCAAAAAGCCAUCUGGAGGAGGCCACGACAAGCAUUGACCAUAACCAGAUUUUGCCGUCCCACUGGGAGGCCAUGGACCCAGAGGAUCGUCUACGUAUUGUAGAUCUUCCGCCCUGGUGCACAGAGUAUGAACAAGUAUUGGAACUCCUUCACACUUCACUCCAUGAUGCAAAAGUCUUGAAGGUGGAAAGAGUUCAAAAUCCCUUCCUUUGGCGUGCAUUGCAAAAUAAGAUUGAAGAACUGUCUCUGUGGUACGGUGACAUUGAGAGGGUAGACGUUCGCACGCUGUUCCAUGGUACAGAUGUUGAUGUCAUAAAACACAUUUGUACAGAGAAUUUCGACUGGCGUCUUCAUGGCUCUCGCUUCGGUCAGAAGUACGGCCAUGGAGCUUACUUUGCAACUGAGGCGGCCAGAGCGUUGGAGUACUGUACUUACGAUCUCCUGAACCAGCGCUACCUUCUUGUGGCCCAAGUAGUUGUUGGAACCAUAGUGCAGGGCGAUUAUACUAUGCAUUGCCCUCCCCAAAACCCCGUGGCCGGCAUACCAUAUAAUUCCACUGUCGAUGAUGAGUUUGAGCCAACAAUUAUUGUGAAAUAUGACAAGCAAGAAUACUACCCACAGUAUAUUAUCACUCUUUCGUGUGUUGUCUCCUCAGAUACGCCCGAAAUCCCCAGGAUACACCCGAGUAUCCUGGCGGAAUCUCUGGCCAAAAAGCCCCACUUCCGAGCUUCUCUCCUGAGGUUGCUGGAGGACGAUGGAUUUGACAUCCCGCUUGUACGGCGCUGCGUCCAGACCUUCAGGCAGGUGUUUGCUGUCGAUGGCGAGGCUGUUGUGCUUAAGCCCAAACUGGCCCUUUGUCCUAUGAACAACCUUGACAGCAAAUGUAGAUAUGGUAAGAAAUGUAGGUCUUUACAUAUCUGUGCUGAGUACCUGAAAUAUGAGUGCGAUAAGGUGAGUUGCCCCUGCGGACACAGGUGGGACACGCAGCCGAACAACAUUCUCGUACGCAGACUUUUCCUCGACCGCCUUAGCAUCAGGGAACUACAGAAAUUGGUGGUUUCUCUCCAAGAUGACUAUGCUAGAAAGGGAACAAAAAGUGGUCUGCAUCGACUUCCCGCCGUCAGCAGUGAGAUCGAGGACAAUUCUGCACAGGAUGGCGAAGAAGACGAAGGCAUCGAAGAUCCUUCAGGCGACGAGACAGUGAGCCCUACAGUUUGGUCUCACUACAUAGAGGGUGAAGUUGAGAUUCCUGAAAUCUGCUAUGACUCAGUGGUGGGCAAGUGCGUCCGUGAGGAAGUAGGCUGCCCAAGACUCCAUGCAGCUCUGCCCUUUCACUGGCAGACAAGGGAGCCUGGCGGUGUCUGGUACAACCUACAGUCUGCCCAAGCCGAGUAUCUGGAACUUAACUAUUGCGACCCAUCUAAAGAAACUUGCAUAGUUCCCAAACUUGAUCCCACGGUCUAUAACGAGUCCGAGUGCGACUUACUGGCACUGAUGGGACUUGCUCAGUGGGAGGCCAAUUUUGAAAGCAUGACCUUAACAUUCCCGCCGGAUGAGGAGCUUCAGAUCAGAAGGCUGUGCGUCGAGCAUCUGAAAGAAGUGGAACAGACAGCAAACGUUAAUACGUGGUACUACGAAGCUCAGGAUUGGCUUCCAUACGGUUUAGACGAGGACAGUUCAUCCAACACCGUCACCUCUGCAGAAAUUGAACACGCAUUUCUCAACGACAAAUACUCUCGUUUCCACUUCACCACCGAGAAACACACGUACGCCCUCGACUUCGAUACCAUGACUCAGACCAACGACACAACAGGGUACUCGAGGAGGGUGCGACGCCGGCCGAAGCCCCACCUGCAGAGGGAGGACUUGUUGGGAUAGUUUGAUUUCAAUGCAAUUCAUAUAUGUGCAGAGCCACUCGCAUGUUUUAAUACUUUCACAGACAUGUAAACCGUUGUAACCGAGUUUGUUUAGAAUUACGAAUAUAUGACUGCAUGGUAAGUUGAUGAUGUCAAGGUAAGACGUAUACUCUCAUAUUAUUUUUAUAUAUUAUUUGUAGAAAUGACGUGUCCAACACUAUAGUUUAGGGAUUCCCUGACAUUUAUUGAAAUACGUUUGUUGUGUGAUUAUCUAUAUCCGUAUAUCCAUCCAACAUUACCAUUUCGCUUUCUCUUUCUCUCUCUCUCUCUCUCUCUCUCUCUCUCUCUCUCUCUC